CCUCUUGUGCCUCAUAGAAUUCAUUCAACAAGUAGAAAUGUGAGAGAAGAGAAGACACGUUCUGAAAUAAACUUUGGUCAAGUCAAAUUUGAUCCACCCUUGAGGAAAGAGACAGAGCCACAUCAUGAAUUUCCUGACAGUAGCGAUUUUUUGGACGAUUCAGAGGACAUAUACUACACUGCAAGAUCUAAACUGGAUUUACAGCUAGAAUAUGGUCAUGGUCCUCAGUGUGGCUACUUCUUGGGUGCAAAUAAGAGUCUCUUAAAAUCGGUUGAAGAAGAACUGCAUCAGCGGGGACAUGUGGCACAUUUAGAAGAUGAUGAUGAUGCAAAUGAUGAUGCUAAACAUGCUACCAUGAAACCUAAAGUGCCACCUCCUUUACCGCCAAAGCCUAAAAUCUUUAUCCCCCAAGAAACUCAUUCUUCUGAAAAUGAUAAUCAAGGGACAAUCAAGAGAUGCCCAACAUCAGAGAGUCCAGCAAAAUCUGCAUCUCAGGUUCCACCCAGACCGCCGCCUCCUCGGUUACCUCCACAGAAAUCUAAUGCUUUAGGUAAUGGAGUCACUUCUGUGCAACUAAAUGGUGAAAGAGAGGGAUCACCACAUCCACAGAGUGAAGCUAGAGACACUAAUUUUUCAAGGAAAGAAAAGAAGGAAAUACUGAAACCAAUUAGUAAUGGCCUUCCUCCAACACCUAAAGUACACAUGGGUGCUUGCUUUUCAAAAGUUUUCAAUGGCUGUCCAUUAAAAAUUCAUUGUGCAACAUCAUGGAUAAAUCCAGACACAAGAGACCAGUACUUGAUAUUUGGUGCAGAAGAAGGUAUUUACACACUGAACCUCAAUGAACUUCAUGAAACGUCAAUGGAGCAGCUAUUUCCUCGAAGGUGUACGUGGUUAUACGUCAUGAAUAAUUGCUUGUUAUCAAUAUCUGGUAAAGCUUCUCAGCUUUAUUCCCAUAAUCUACCAGGACUCUUUGAUUAUGCAAGGCAAAUGCAAAAGUUACCUGUUGCUAUUCCAGCACAUAAACUCCCUGACCGAAUACUUCCCAGGAAGUUUGCAGUGUCUACAAAAAUUCCUGACACUAAAUGGUGUCAGAAGUGUUGUGUUGUGAGGAAUCCCUACACAGGCCACAAGUACCUUUGUGGAGCACUACAGUCUAGCAUUGUUUUGUUAGAAUGGGUUGAACCAAUGCAAAAAUUUAUGUUAAUCAAGCACAUAGAUUUUCCUGUACCUUGUCCACUGAGAUUGUUUGAAAUGCUGGUAGUCCCUGAGCAGGAAUUCCCUUUAGUUUGUGUCGGUGUCAGUAGAGGAAGAGACUUCAACCAGGUUGUAAAGUUUGAGACUGUCAACCCAAAUUCUACCUCUUCGUGGUUUACAGAAACAGACACUACAGAGACAAGCGUUGUACAUGUAACACAACUGGAGAGAGAUACCAUUCUGGUGUGUCUGGAUUGCUGCAUAAAAAUAGUGAAUCUGCAAGGCAGGUUAAAAUCCAGCCGCAAACUGUCAUCGGAGCUCACGUUUGACUUUCAGAUUGAAUCAAUAGUCUGUCUACAGGACAGCGUGUUAGCAUUCUGGAAACACGGCAUGCAAGGAAGGAGUUUUAGAUCAAAUGAGAUCACACAAGAAAUUUCAGAUAAUACAAGGAUAUUCAGGCUUCUGGGAUCUGACAGGGUGGUGGUGCUGGAGAGUAGGCCGACGGACAACCCGACAGCCAACAGCAAUCUAUAUAUCCUGGCAGGGCACGAGAACAGCUACUGAGAACGGCGGAUGGCAGCAGCUCACCACGGCAGGAGAACUCCCCCGCUGCAGCAGCAUUCACGGCUGGCUGAAAUUGCACAAAAGCUGCAGUAACCUGACUUCAGUUACUUUCUAAUUUAUUGUGGCAUGAGAGGAAGACGAGAAUUGUUUGUGGUAUGGACACAUAAGCAUUACGAUACCACAGAAGUGCUUCAUUUACUGUUAUGUAGUCUUUGUACAUAUGCAGCAUUUUUCAGCGAAACUUCUCGCUGAAGACCUCCACUGACUUUCUGUAGAUAGCAGUCCUUCUGUUAAGUACAAGUGUGUUACCUGUACAGAUGUAAAAGUCACUGAGGAUGCAAAAAUGAAAUCGGGUACUAUUUCAAGGACUUCUCAUGUGUUUAUAAUGAAGUGGGAUGCAAGCAACAAAUAUACUACAUUUAACAACACUGUUGUAUUUUAUUAGGUGUGACUUACUAAUACAAAUAAAUCUUCACUUUUAGAAAUUG